GCCAAAAAGUCGCAUCGUUGCAACCCACCAUCCACCAUCCACAUUGUCGUCGAGAUCUACCAACCACCAGUAGCUGAAGGGUUCAAGAUCCAUCGCGCGUCGUUGGACCAACCCAUACCUUCGAGGGUGGUCAAAUCCUUCGUCCACGCCUGUCGAGGCACCUCCCCCCGUCUAUCCGCAUCCUCUUCAUCAUGCCUCGAAAACGCACCCACGAUGAGAUGGCGGCUGUAGAGCCUCAAGAAAACAAAGAGACGCCUUCUCUACUGAAAACAAUCCGAAAUAUGUGGGAGUUUGCCUCUACAAUGCAGUUCAUAUUCAUGUUUGGAAAAGCUCUAAAGAUAGACGAGGACUUUGAUAUUGAGGAUUUUGAGACGGAAUGUUUGAAGCCUGGCCACUCGGAGAAACUGGAAGAAAUAGGCCUGACCCUUCUGAAAUGGAUCUCAUCUCAUCGAGGUCUAAAUCAUGAUAUAUGGGACGAAUACACGCGACGACAAUACCGCUCCAAGGCUCCCGACCGAAAUCCCUACGGCGAAGACGAAGAACCUAAACGAUUUCGAGAUUUCGACAUCUUCACCCGCGUAAGAAUUCUACAUCAGUUGACAGUCUGGACAAUGUGGAACCCCGACCGCUUUCGAGAGAAGAUGGUGGACCAUCAACGUGAAGUGGACCAACUUGAAUGGCGUAUCGAGGAAUUUGGUUAUGACAAAGAUGACCGACAAUACUAUCUCCUUGACGACAACCGCUUUUAUCGACGAACCGAACCACCCAUUCCCUCUGCUCCAAAGGCCAAACCGAAAGCGAACUCAAAGAAGGCCAUUGCGGCGAGAAGAAGGGAAAGUAAACGCAGAAGGCUCCAGGCGGACACGCCUGACGUCGAUGAAGACGCUGAUACACCUGGCACCCCUGAUCAUGCGCCGAAACAGGAGGAAGACGUCGACCCUGCCAAGGUUGAUACUUUUGGAGGCUAUAAAUGGGAAUGCAUCGCCAUCUCCCUCAAAGACUACCAGGAUCUAUGUCUCUCUUUUGCAAAGAGUAAAGAUCCCAAUGAGAAGAUGCUGAAACAGCGCAUCGAGGACGAGGUAAUCCCAAUCAUCCAACAAGCCCAGGAGCGCCAGCAACGAAAGAUCGAACGGCGGGAGCGCGAAUUAUUGAUGAUGGAGCGAAUGGUUGGAGCGAAGCGGUCGGGCCGCCUGGCAGAUAAGCAAGAUCGCGAACGACGAGAAGCUGAACAAGCUGAGGCAGACCGAAAACGACAAGCAGAGCUUCUGGCUGCGCACCGAGAGCAGGAAAAGCAAGAAAAGAUGGAGCAAGAGAGACAGUACCGGAUGAUGACGCGCGAGCGGCGAAUCAAAGAAAGAGAGUAUAAAAGGAUUCUCAAGAGAGAGGAACUCGAGAAGGAUGCCGCAGAGCAGAGAAGAAUCGACACAGGGGAAAUCCGGGGCUCGGGCAGACAUCUCCAGGAUCGAAUCGAUCGGGCUAGAAGAGAGCUUGAAGCACUGUCAGCUGAAGAAGAGUGGACCUUUGAUUGUUCUGGCUGUGGCAAAUACGGCAGGAAUUAUGACGACGGUGCUCACAGUGUUGCCUGCGACAAAUGUAGCGUUUGGCAGCAUAGCAAAUGCUUGGGCAUCUCAAAAUCUGCCGCAGAGAAGGACGAUUUCCACUUUGUUUGCAAUGACUGUAAGCGAAAGGAGGAGGAAGCCAAAAGACCAAAGAUUUCUCUCAAAUUCAAAGUCGGAUCCUCUUCCUCGCCAGUUCAACCUAGCCCAGCACGUGACGCUUCGCAGACAUCACCCUCUGUACAGAAACUCGUCACAGUGGAAAUCCCAAGCCAGCAAGUCAAUGGCACUGGUCAAAGCCAUGUCAAUGGCGUCCAACAGCAAUCAUCAUCUCCGCCUCGACAUCAGCCAAGCUCGCCUUUUCAUCCACAAACCUCUCCAACGAUUGCUCAGGCGCAGUACCAACCUAUGCAGAUUCAGCAGCAACAUCAACAAGCACCGUCGCGUCCAGACGCUUUAAAUGGCCACACGGUCCCGAACUUCAAUCUUCACGGGAAUCCCGGACAAUCGACAGGGUUUCCUUCCAUACAACCUCGGCCAUCCAUAACCCAACCUGCACAUGGAAAUCCUCCAGUUGUGUCUCCAUCGUCUCAACAUCCUUACCAGCGACCUCCUACUCAAUCCACAACUUCAUCUAAUCCUCCCUCCCAGUCGUCCCCUCAAAGACCAGCUCAUCCAUCCGUCAAUGGCCAGACACCGUUGGCAGCCAUUACACCAAGGCUCCCAUCUCCUGUCCUUAACCGCCCAAGCAUGUCCCCAACGCAAGGAAACAUGGAUGUUGGCAGUAUUGCAGGGGUGCCUCAAAAGCAGUCGUCGCUCAAUGGGCACGACAACGUGAUGAAUGGUGCCGCAUCCAUGCAUGCCACGCCACGCUCGUUCAGUCAGAGUCGUUCUCCACCUUUACAUACCCCAGUACAACAUCACCAGCCACUGUCUGGCCUUUCACCAAAGAAACAGAUGACACCUAUUCCGGCACCUAUAUUGUCUGCGAACCUCACUGUGAAGAAGUCAGGCAGUAUGUCGCCUCCGCCUCACCUCUCGAGCCAGUUCCCACCACCGCAGGCAAGCAGGGAUCAGUCAGUGGCAACGGAACGACGAUCUGUCUCGGGAACACCGAUUGUUCCACCAAUUGAGAAUCUACGACCGAGCCCAGAGCAAAUGAGAAACAUGAGCAGCAAUAUCAAUGACCCCGUACCGACACCGAGCAAACAGCAGUAUGCGGGUCAGGGGUACGAACCUUCACAGGCGAUGACUAACAAUCCAGAAGAUCAAGCAUAAGGACUAGGUAUUGCCCAUAUCAACGGUAGCAGUCAUGCCUAGGCAGUGGGAUCAACCAGAAUACACUCGGUGACUCCUCUUUUGUAGAGGGCAGCUAUUAUUAGCUAAAAGGCCACACAUCAUCCAUGAACCCACAUGAUGCAUCCUUACCUCGCACCAUCUAUAGAUGACCGACUGUACAAACAGUAUUUCAUUUUUACGUUGUACAGAAGUUGAGGCAUACCUCACGACUUGGCGUUUUGACAUUGGCUCUUCUUGAUAUGACGCAUGGUCGGUUUUUGGUACUGGCUUUCAAGGAAGAAAGACCCAGGAAUGGAGAGCUGUAUGGACAUGAUAGAAGCAUUGGCUAGGAUUGUAUAGAUUACCUAGUCUGAAUUCUCCUUUGUGGCGAAUCAACUUAUUUCUCGUACUGAAAUUGUUUUGAUUUCAAUCUGCC